GAUCCGAUUCAUACUGAUCCAGAACAGGGCGGGGAAGACACGUCUGGCGAAGUGGUAUAUGAACUUCGAUGACGACGAGAAGCAGAAACUGAUAGAAGAAGUGCACGCAGUGGUCACUGUCCGCGACGCCAAACACACCAACUUUGUCGAGUUCCGCAACUUUAAGAUAGUAUACCGUCGUUACGCCGGACUCUACUUCUGUAUAUGCGUUGACGUGAACGACAAUAAUCUGGUUUAUCUCGAAGCCAUUCAUAACUUCGUGGAAGUGCUCAACGAGUACUUUCACAACGUCUGCGAACUGGACCUCGUCUUCAACUUUUACAAAGUGUAUAGUGUUGUGGACGAGAUGUUCUUAGCGGGAGAAAUACGGGAAACGAGUCAAACAAAAGUCUUGAAACAACUUCUUGUCUACAAUUCACUUGAAUAGAAGAGCCAUUCAUUUAAUUUCUUAGUAUAUUUUUUGUUAAAUUAAUUAUCAAUUGAUCUAAUUAUUGGAUUCAUUUAUCGGACAAUUUCUCUUCUGUUUACAAAUGUUCAUCUCUAUUGAUAUUUACCAUUAAUUGAAAUCUGAUUUAUUCUAUAAUUGUUUUAAUUCUAAAUAAAUAAUUAAAAUUUUUAAUUUAAA